AUGGGCUCGGGGCGCGUGCCCGGGCUCUGCCUGCUCGUCCUGCUGGUCCACGCCCGCGCCGCCCAGCACAGCAAAGCCGCGCAAGAUGUGGAUGAAUGCGUGGAAGGGACCGACAACUGCCACAUCGAUGCCAUCUGCCAGAACACCCCACGGUCGUACAAGUGCAUCUGCAAGUCUGGCUACACAGGGGAUGGUAAACACUGCAAAGAUGUGGAUGAGUGUGAACGAGAAGACAAUGCCGGUUGUGUGCACGACUGUGUCAACAUCCCUGGCAAUUACCGAUGCACCUGCUAUGACGGCUUCCACCUGGCACAUGACGGACACAACUGUCUGGAUGUGGACGAGUGCGCCGAGGGCAACGGUGGCUGUCAGCAGAGCUGCGUCAACAUGAUGGGCAGCUAUGAGUGCCACUGCCGGGAGGGCUUCUUCCUCAGCGACAACCAGCACACCUGCAUCCAGCGGCCAGAAGAAGGAAUGAAUUGCAUGAAUAAGAACCACGGCUGUGCUCACAUUUGCCGGGAGACCCCCAAAGGGGGUAUUGCCUGUGAAUGCCGCCCUGGCUUCGAGCUCACCAAGAACCAACGGGACUGUAAACUGACGUGCAACUAUGGCAAUGGUGGCUGCCAGCAUACGUGCGAUGACACAGAGCAGGGUCCCCGGUGUGGCUGCCACGUCAAGUUUGUGCUCCAUACGGACGGGAAGACUUGCAUCGGGGAAAGGCGGCUAGAGCAGCACAUCCCCCCUCAGGCCGUUUCUAAUGAGACCUGUGCUGUCAACAAUGGGGGCUGUGAUAGUAAGUGCCACGAUGCAGCCACAGGCGUCCACUGCAGCUGCCCCGUGGGCUUCAUGCUGCAGCCGGACAGGAAGACCUGCAAAGACAUAGACGAGUGCCGCUUGAACAACGGGGGCUGUGACCACAUUUGCCGCAACACAGUGGGCAGCUUUGAAUGCAGCUGCAAGAAGGGCUAUAAGCUUCUCAUCAAUGAGAGGAACUGCCAGGAUAUAGACGAGUGUUCUUUUGAUCGAACCUGUGACCACAUAUGCGUCAACACACCGGGAAGUUUCCAGUGCCUCUGCCAUCAUGGCUACCUGCUAUAUGGUGUCACCCACUGUGGGGAUGUGGAUGAGUGCAGCAUCAACCGUGGAGGUUGCCGCUUCGGCUGCAUCAACACUCCUGGCAGCUACCAGUGUACCUGUCCCAGUGGCCAGGGCCGGCUGCACUGGAACGGCAAAGAUUGCACAGAGCCGGUAAAAUGUCAAAGCAGUCCUGGUGCCUCGAAAGCCAUGCUCAGCUGCAACCGGUCUGGCAAGAAGGACACCUGUGCCCUGACCUGCCCCUCCCGGGCCCGGUUUUUGCCAGAGUCUGAGAAUGGCUUCACGGUGAGCUGUGGCACCCCCAGCCCGAGGGCCACUCCAGCCCGAGCUGGCCCCACCGGGAACAGCACAAACUCCAACCACUGCCAUGAGGCUGCAGUGCUGUCGGUUAAACAGCGGGCCUCCUUCAAGAUCAAGGACGCCAAGUGCCGUCUGCAUCUGCGAAACAAAGGCAAAAUGGAGGAGGCCAGCAGGAUCCUGGGGCAAGGUGGUGCCCCCUGCUCUGACUGCCAGGUCACCUUCAUCCACCUCAAGUGUGACUCCUCUCGGAAGGGCAAGGGCCGGCGGGCCCGGACCCCUCCAGGCAAGGAAGUCACUCGGCUCACCCUGGAACUGGAGGCAGAGGUCAGAGCCGAAGAAACCACAGCUGCCUGUGGACUCCCCUGCCUCCGACAGCGAAUGGAACGGCGGCUGAAAGGGUCCCUGAAGAUGCUUAGGAAGUCCAUCAACCAGGACCGCUUCCUGCUGCGCCUGGCAGGCCUUGAUUAUGAACUGGCGCACAAGCCAGGCCCAGGAACUGGGGAGCGAGCAGAGCUGGUAGAGGCCUGUAGGCCUGGGCAGCACCGCACCGGGGCUAAGUGUGUCAGCUGCCCGCAGGGAACGUAUUACCACGGCCAGACGGAGCAGUGUGUGCCAUGCCCAGCGGGCACCUUCCAGGAGAGAGAAGGGCAGCUCUCCUGCGACCUUUGCCCUGGGAGUGAUGCCCACGGGCCUCUCGGAGCCACCAACGCCACCACGUGUGCAGGUCAGUGCCUGGCUGGCCAAUACUCCAUAGACGGGUUCAAGCCCUGCCAGCCAUGUCCACGCGGCACCUACCAACCUGAAACAGGACGGACCUUGUGCUUCCCAUGUGGUGGGGGCCUCACCACUAAGCAUGAGGGGGCCAUCUCCUUCCAAGACUGUGACACCAAAGUCCAAUGCUCCCCUGGUCACUACUACAACACCAGCAUCCAUCGCUGUAUCCGCUGUGCCAUGGGCUCCUAUCAGCCCGACUUCCGCCAGAACUUCUGCACCCGCUGUCCAGGAAACACAAGCACUGACUUUGACGGCUCCACCAGUGUGGCCCAGUGCAAGAAUCGCCAGUGUGGUGGGGAGCUGGGUGAGUUCACUGGCUAUAUCGAGUCCCCCAACUACCCAGGCAACUACCCAGCUGGCGUGGAGUGCAUCUGGAACAUCAACCCCCCACCCAAGCGCAAGAUCCUUAUCGUGGUACCCGAGAUCUUCCUGCCAUCUGAGGAUGAGUGUGGGGACGUCCUCGUCAUGAGAAAGAACUCCUCACCAUCCUCCAUUACCACCUAUGAGACCUGCCAGACCUACGAGCGGCCCAUUGCCUUCACAGCCCGGUCCAGGAAGCUCUGGAUCAACUUUAAGACGAGCGAGGCCAACAGUGCUCGUGGCUUCCAGAUCCCCUAUGUUACCUAUGAUGAGGACUAUGAGCAGCUAGUAGAAGACAUUGUUCGAGAUGGCCGGCUCUAUGCGUCUGAAAACCACCAGGAGAUUUUAAAGGAUAAGAAGCUCAUCAAGGCCUUCUUUGAGGUGCUGGCCCACCCCCAGAAUUACUUCAAGUACACAGAGAAGCACAAGGAGAUGCUGCCAAAAUCCUUCAUCAAGCUACUCCGCUCCAAAGUUUCCAGUUUCCUGAGGCCCUACAAAUAGUGCCCCUAAGCCCAAGACCCAGGUUUUAAAGCCCCCAGACUCCUUAGCCCUCAGAGCCGGCAGCCCCCACCCCCAGAUGAGGAAAUCUCUCCUCUCUUUCUUUUUGGAGGAAAAAAAAAAUUACUAUAGACCAAGCACUCUUCCGUUCUGUCUCUCCAGCUUCCUUUCCUGUCUCUCUCUGCCUCUGUCUUUCUCCCUCUCUCUCUUUACUGUGGUCCCUUUUCCUAUACGCUCCCUGGAAAAGCCAUUAAGUGCUGGCUCUAUUGCCCCUGAGGGGUGAAAGAACAGUGCCCCCUUCCCCUUCCCAGCCACACUGACCAUUUCACCAGCUCACAUCUAUGGCCUCAUCAGCCUGAAGGGGUGCUAGAGGCCCAUGAAGGAAGUGGGUCUCGUGGGGAAUGGGGCAGGGGGAAGAAGGGCUUCUGCCCUUCUUAUAGGGUUGUGCCUUGCUAGUCAGGAGCCAAAAUGUCCCCUGACUGUGCCCCCAAGGGUGAUUUUAACAACCCAGGGAUCUGCCAAAGAAGUCUCUGACUUACAGGCCUAAUGCCAGCACUGGUCCUCUGGGGUACGUGGUUCGAGCCCUAGACUGUCCACACAGCUGGCUUUCUUGUCAAUACAGCUUCUUUCCUUCUUCCCCCACAUGUCUGCUUGAGGUCCAAUUCAUGAGGGCUUACAAAGGCCCAUACCACUGGGCUAGUGGACAUCAGCUGAAUGAGGAAAAGCAGCAGGCAUUACCAUGUUGAAUGUGCUGCUGUCACUUCCCAACAGAAAGACUAUAGCUCUGCAGGACAGAAACCAGGUUUUAAAGCAUCACCAAAAAAAAAAAAAAAAGAAAAAAAAGAAAAAAAAAAGAAAGGAAGAAAGAAAAAAAGAAGAAAGAAAGAAAAAGAAAAAGGAAGAAAAAAGAAAGAAAGAAAGAAAGAAAACCUAUCAUCUAAAGGACUAGACUUCAGAACAAUUAGAAACCAGCCUCAAACACCAAUCCCUUUUCUUACUUGUCGUCCUGGCCCAGCCAUCUCCUCACCCCUACCUGAGCGCUCCCUGGGGGAGCCCUACUCCCCUUGCUAAGUGUUGUCCUUAAAGAAAUAUGGCUGCUGACCAGAAGCCAGCCUGGGCCUUGUCCCCGAGUUGUCUUUCCCUUGAAGCCCUAGAUGGCUUGUGGACUCCACCAAAGAGGACCCUGCUCUGCUGCCAGCCCAGAGCCACCUACCUCUGGCCCCAGGCUGUGGGCAGCAAGAGGAAUGUGUGCACACUUGGCGACCCUUCUGCCCACCCUGUCCACAUCUAAUAAGUGCAAUCAUUUUGAGUCUUCCUAUGUUGUCUAGAGGGAGGGGUUUUAUUUUCUGGUUUUGUUUUUUUGUUUUUGGUUUUUUCCUCUAUUAGAACAAACCUAUUUAUAGCUGCCCAAGAGAAAAGAGUGUAUGUUUGAAGUGGAAGGAAAAAGGUUUUGGAUCUCAUGAACCUUGAGUGCUGGAGCAUCUGAUCUGUCUCUGCUCCCCCACCAGUGGCCAUCCAGACUUCUGGAGCCUUCAGAUGGGGGAGCCCAAACCUUAGUUCAGAGGCACCUGAUGUGUAGGAGAGUAAUUCUGGGGACUUGAAGGAGCAGGAAGGAGAGGGACCUGUGUUUGCUAAACCAAUCCUGCCAUCCCUAUGCCUCUCUAUGGAUUCAAUAUGGACCUCAGGAUUGUAGAGGCUGAUGGAAUUGGUCAGUGAUUCUCCACACCCAAAUAGGGAAAGCCUCCAUCUUUUCCCUGCCUUCAUCCUGUUUUUUCCUGGUGCACACAUGGAAGAGGAUCAGGACAAACCGCCUGGGAAUGAGCUGACUCAGGGGCCUGAGGUCACAAACAAGGCUAAAGGAACCAAGAAUAAGACAGUUAUCAAAGCAUGAAGUUUGCCUGACCUUGGCCACUCUACCUACCCCUACCUGUUUGCCAUCCCCUCUGGGAGUUGACUUCAAGCUUAACUUCCUCCACUACUGCUUUUCAAAAGGAAGAAUCAAGUCCAUGCCCAAGACCACAUCCUGCACACAUUCUACCCUCAUUCCACUACUGCCUAUAAAUGUAUUUUCCAUUUGCUCCUUUUACUUCCCCCAAAGCUGUAGUUUUAUUCAAUCGAAGGCUACCAAUUAACUUCUAGGUUUCAUUUCUAAGUGACUAUCCCAGGUUACUGCUUCCCCAGGAGAGCUGACACUAAAUAAAGAAGCUUGCACCAUCUCCUCACUCCCUAAUCAUUAGCACUCACCCACCAAAGAUAGCCUUAGGCAGUAGGCAGCCAAAGUCAAAGCUAACUCCCCCACUGCCUUUAGCCAACACCCCAGCCCUUGGCAGUAGAGUAUCUGGCUUUGUCUCUCUAAGUCAAAGAGGGCCCUGCUAUAAAGAUACAAAAUGGCUGCUUCCAUACAAGAAAAUGGUCAUUUAAUAGAAGUAGCCACACUUCCCAGAAAAUGCCUGAAAACUGCUUUAAUCCACUCUGAUCAUCCUAAUUCUCCGCCAACUUUCUGAUUCUCUCCCUACCAUUGCAUCUCUCUUAGAAAGCUAAGCAGAGUACUUCCCAAUCUAUGCCUUCAGGGUCUGGCUUCUUGCUCUCCUCCUUUUCCAUCACCCCAUAAACAUGUUUCCUCCAAUAACUUAUUCCAUGGUUUCUGGAAACUGCAAAUGAUUUCCACAGUAUGGAAAGUGUAGACCACUAGGCUUCUUAACUGAUGUCAAGGCAGAUCUUGGUGAGCAGGUAAAGAACUGCUAAUGUCCACCACGUUUAGUUUAGGUCAUCCAAGCUGGGGGUUAACAAUCCAGACAAAACUACUGCUGAACCUAUGGAGGAAGCCAGUCCUCGGACAUCAAACCAGGGGUUAAGUGGACUGAAUGAGGAGUCAAUACUCAGGGACUCUCUAGGCCUUUAUAGGCCAGACAGAAAAAAAGGUUUUUACCAGUGUAAGGAAGUAAAUAGACGGAGUAAAUGGAAAUGCUUCAUGAACCAGUCCCGAGGCCUCUCUGCAGGAUGGGGGUGUUCACAGGGCCACAGUACUGUGAGGCUUCAUUUACCUUGGUUCAAAACCUGCCCUGAUCUGAGUCUGGGAAUGGGAAGCCAUUUCUGUAAAGACUAUGAGUGCCAAGUGAGGCACAUCAGAAAGGCACUUAAACCCUCAGCAACAUGGCAAUACCUUUUUACUUCUCUGCCUCCCUCUUUCUGUAUUAUUAGGCCAGGUCCAUUCCCUACACCUGAGGGAACGCUCAGUCAGGAGAACUGACCAGAGCCUGGACUUGAGCUGCCCUACCCCAGGUCUAUAUACUAUCCCCCAACGGCAUACACUGAGCUGUGACUGCUCUGACUUCCUGAGGACUGGGUUAGUUUGAGGUAAUGGAGGCUCAGAUGUGUUGCUCCAAGGUCAGGAAUACAGCUCUGGUCUCCAGCCCUAAGGAAGUUUUUUGUAUCUGAGAAGUGUUCUCCAUAGGCACGUUUGAGGGGACUCUGUAGUGGAUUGGUAGGUCAUAUCUCAAAAUGUCAGAAAACAUAGAGCAUUCAAACUUCUGUUAUUUGCUGCUUAAUCUCAAUGUAACAGGCUCAAACUAGGGGGAGGAAGACAAAACAUAAAUGACCAUAAGCAGAAAAUCAUGUUAACCUGCUUGGCUUCUUUCUAAAGCACAAAAGUGGAAGCAAACAACACAAGGCUAUCUUUAAAUCGGACCUCUCUCAAAGAUAGCACACACUGUCCUUGGGCAAUUAUUUGGACUAGGAACCCUUUAAGAAAAUACAUGAUUAGAGAGAAUAGAACCUCCAGUUCUGUUAUCAGCUUAUCUAGACAACACAUUGUAGCAGUUUGGAUAAACUGAAAAAUCCAUUCUUCUGUGUGAGUUAACUGAAGUUUCAGAGAAUAAUCAUUACCAUGUGGGAGGCUUUUUUUUAAUGCAGAAAAAGAAUCUCAAAAUAUUGUAUUUAUAUCUGCCUUCCACUGCUGCCAAUAUAGUAAGUGUCUCCUACACAAUCAACAAUAAACAGUAAAUGAUGCAGUUCAUAGAAUAUUUUGCACUUGGGGAAAAAAAAAACUAUCUGAACCUGUAAAAAGAAAUGU